GAAGUUGGUCCAGUCACAGACAUGAUCUCCCACCCUGUCUCUUGUGAUUCCCAGGGCUAGUCCUGUGGGUGGAAAACUAGCAGGGUUAGGCCCUUAAUCUGGUCACUUUGGCAGGGACGCCACAUGAUGAUCAACUGCAUUUGCAAAAGGCGAACGCCCCUCCCCGUUCAGAAAUCCCUUUAAAGUGUCCCCCAGGUUUCUGAUACAGAGGGGUUCCCCCCCCUUUAGUUAAUGCCCCGGCCUGUUGGCUUGCUAGCUGCUUUUUUUUUUUUUUGGCUGGUCCCCCCAGGACUGUCAGUUGAGGGUGAAUUGUAAUUUGGGUUUUUUCUCUCCUGAGCUCUUCAUUUUUUAUGUCUGGGCAAUGUAUAAACUUAGGUCCCGCAUUUGCUCCCCCCCCCACGGUGUUUGCACAGAAUGUAACUUUUAGUAUAACCCCUUUUGGUAUAUUUGGCCAAAGACGUCCCUGAUAUAAUCCCACGGAUAGGAUUUCAGCGUCAUGCCUGUAGACGUCUGUUUAAUUUCUAAUGAACCCUGUUGAAUUCAUCCCAUUACAUUCUGUAGGACUUUUCCAGCAGGGGUAGCAGAUUUGAAAUGCACCCCACACACCAAAAUCUGUCUGCCCCGAAUUGUGAGAUUUAAAAAAAAAAAACGAGUGAACAUUAAAAACCCCUGGAGGCAGUUUCCUUACCUAGGGCCUGAUCCAAAACCCAUUAAGUCAACGAGAAGAGUCACUGACUUCAGGGAGCUUUGGAUCAGCCCCCAAAUGCCUUAUCCGGUGGGAUGCUGAGUCCCUACUAUGAGAUGCUGGGCUGCUUUAAUUCCUACUGAUGUCAGUGGGUGUUUGGGAGACCAGGUGAGUAAGGGAGUAUCUUUUAUUGGACCAACUUCUGUCAGUCAGAGAGACAAGCUUUCGAGCCAUGCAGAGCUCUGUGUCUUGUCUCUUUAAUAUCUUGGGACCCACAGGGCUACGUCUACACUGCAUGCAGCAGUGGGUGUCGGGGACAUUCACAGGAUCAGGCCCCAAGCGACUGACACGUGAUAGGUCUGCUGCGGUGUAGGCUGAAGGCUGCUCUUCUGAGGCUCUCCUGAUUCCCCUUUCACCCCCCCCCCCCCCCCCCCCCACCUAGCCAUGUUUGUAUCCUGUGGGUCCCUCCUCUAGGGCGGGCACUAGCCAGCCAGUGAGGUCAAUUGACAUCUCUGCAGCAAGCUGUUUGCACACAAAGGACAGUCCCAGGACGAGGCAGCACAAACCAUGAAUUACGUUGGGCAGUUAGCAGGCCAAGUAUUUGUUACUGUGAAGGAGCUCUACAAGGGAUUAAAUCCUGCCACGCUAUCUGGAUGUAUUGAUAUAAUUGUUGUACGUCAGCCAGAUGGAAAUCUUCAGUGUUCCCCUUUCCAUGUGCGCUUUGGGAAAAUGGGGGUUCUGCGUUCUAGAGAGAAAGUGGUUGACAUAGAAAUUAAUGGAGAAUCUGUAGAUUUGCACAUGAAACUAGGGGACAACGGAGAGGCAUUUUUUGUACAGGAAAUGGACAAUGGUCAGGAGGUAAUUCCUUACCACCUCGCUACAUCCCCCAUUCUAUCAGAGGGAGCUGCUCUGAUGGAAUCACAGCUGAAGAGGAACUUGAUAGACAGGGUGAAGAAUCUGGAAUCCACUGGAUCCUCACAGGUAUCAAUCCCCAGUCUUGCUUCCCAGUCUGCUAUAGAAAGCUCCUCGAUUUGUGUCUCUGUGAAGAAAAGAAGGAAGAGGAGGAGGAAAUCUACCCAUAAACUGGACAGUUUAAAAAGAGAAGACACGUCAGAAGAUGAAGAAAUGUUUUCUAUACAGAUUAGUUCAGAGGAAGAGAAUGAGCCUGUGGACAAUAUGAGGAUAUCUGUUACAGAUAUGUUUAGUGAAGAAGUGUCUGAGAUAAAUGCUUCUGCAAUCAGUAUGCUUUCGCAGUCUGUACCAUACACCCAUUCAGAUGGAGAGUGGUCACCCCUUCAGAGUAAGCCUUUUGAUUGCACAGGGCCAUCCUCCCAUCUCACUGUUCCAGCAGAUGGAGGCCUAUCUAGUUCUUGUCCUCAUCAAUCCUCUCACUUCCCUGCUACAGACAGUCCCUCAAGUUCACGCCCUCCCACUCCUAAGAGCGAUUCAGAAUUAGUCAGUAAAUCUUUGGACAGGGGGAUGCAGAAGAAUAACCCACAAAUGCACUGGGCCUGGGGAGAACUACCUCAAGCUGCAAAGUCCACUUCUCUACUCAAGGCAAAGGAAUCCAGCAUGGUGAAUGUAAAUCCUUCGGAAAACACUCAUUUUCGGGUAAUUCAAAGUGAGUCUGCAGACGAGAUAAGCAGCUUGACUGCUUUACCUGCCGUUGGACAGGCAGCUGUUGCGGCUUCCAAUGAAAAUGACUCCCAGCCAGCACCAGCCGAGAUAAAUGAACCAGAGACAGAGACUCUAGGAGCAGCUGCACCAUCACUGCCUGCAAAUGAAGAAAUCAAACAAGCUGCAGCUUGCUUAGUCCAGCAAGCAAGCAAAAUAGAUUCCCCUUCUAGAAAGAAAGAUAAACGAAGCCGGCAUCUUGGUGCUGAUGGUGUCUAUUUAGAUGACCUCACCGACAUGGAUCCAGAAGCUGCUGCGCUUUAUUUCCCCAAAAACGGUGAUAAUAUUGCACACGGAAAGAAUGCAAAUGAAAAUGGACCACGGUCAGCCAAUCAGUCCCCUCACUCUGGUGGAAGUUCAGGUGUUGACAGUGGUGUUGAAGGCAUCUCGGAUGGAAUAAGAGACUUGCCUUCAAUUGCCAUUUCACUCUGUGGAGGUCUUAGUGACAACAAAGAGAUAACAAAAGAUCAGUUCUUAGAACAAGCAGUAACGUAUCAGAAGUUUGUGGACAAUCCUGCUAUCAUUGACGACCCCAACCUUGUGGUUAAGAUUGGAAAUAAGUACUACAACUGGACAACAGCUGCUCCACUUCUACUGGCAAUGCAAGCAUUCCAGAAACCUUUGCCAAAGGCCACUGUGGAAUCUAUUAUGAGGGAUAAGAUGCCCAAGAAAGGCGGAAGAUGGUGGUUUUCAUGGCGAGGAAGGAAUAGCACUGUCAAAGAGGAAACCAAGCCAACGCAAGAUUUGAGUGGGAAUGUGCUUACUACAGAAGAGGAGUUAUCACAAAUGAGCAUUGCAGACAGACUAAAGGAUGAAUCUUCUUCAAGUGAUGAAGACCCGAGAGCUGCAAAACCAAACAUUGGGUCAUUACAAACAAACUCAAGUCAUCUCUCAUUAUUGUCAGGAAUCAGUUACAAAAAGACCCUUCGACUCACUUCUGACCAGCUUAAAAGUCUAAAGCUCAAGAAUGGCCCUAAUGAUGUGAUCUUUAGUGUUACGACACAAUAUCAAGGCACGUGCCGCUGUGAAGGCACCAUCUACCUAUGGAAUUGGGAUGACAAGGUUAUUAUUUCUGACAUCGAUGGAACUAUCACAAGGUCAGAUACUUUAGGCCAUAUUUUGCCCACUCUUGGCAAGGAUUGGACGCACCAAGGGAUUGCAAAGUUGUACCAUAAAGUGAGCCAAAAUGGGUACAAGUUUCUGUAUUGCUCGGCACGUGCUAUAGGAAUGGCAGACAUGACGAGAGGAUAUUUGCACUGGGUCAAUGAACGAGGAACAGUGCUACCUCAAGGACCUGUGUUGUUAAGUCCAAGCAGCUUGUUCUCGGCCUUUCACAGGGAAGUGAUAGAAAAGAAGCCAGAAAAAUUUAAAGUUCAGUGUCUGACAGACAUCAAACAUUUGUUUCAUCCGAACACAGAACCCUUUUAUGCUGCCUUUGGAAACAGACCUGCCGACGUUUAUUCCUACAAGCAAGUGGGGGUCUCUUUAAACAGAAUAUUCACAGUUAAUCCCAAAGGAGAACUUAUACAAGAGCAUGCAAAAACCAACAUCUCAUCUUACGUCAGACUCUGUGAGGUGGUUGAUCACCUGUUUCCUUUGCUGAAAAGAAGCCAUUCUUCAGACUUCCCUUGUUCUGAUACCUACAGUCAGUUCACGUACUGGAGGGAACCACUACCACCUUUUGAAAACCAGGAUAUUCUUCCGUCCUCAUCUUAAAUUCACCUAUAGCCUCUUGGCCUCAGUUCAAACGACUGGUCAUCUUAUAUUUAAAGGACACAGCUUGGUUUUUGCCUUGGACAGAUCAGCUGGAAUAUGUGCUAUUGUGAGCAUUGUAUUCAUUUGUUAAAAGCAAAUUUGGAACUGUGUUUCCACGCUUAAAGUCACAUUUCCAAUGAUUAGGAAUGGGAGUGAUGGUUCUAACUUCUCAGCCAACAUGCUCGAAAUGUGCAACAGUCUUCUUAAAAAAAGAUCAAUUACAAGUGCAAUGAUACUGGUUUUCAGUUAAAAAUACGAUAAGAUUUAGUUAAAAAACCCCACCAGUGGUUCUCAACCUUUUCCACACCAUGUCUGCCAUGAACCACCUUCCCAUUGAGCCAGAACCCCCUUCCAUUUAGCAGGAUGGGAAGGGCAGGGUUUCAACACCCUGACACCAGUUUGUAUGUCUGUCUGUACAGGUUGCGACCUCUGUCAAAUUAAAAAUCCCUCAUUUAAAAGAACGGACAGUAAUCCCCUCCCAAAAAAGCAUAGGAUCGUAUAAGAGUUAUUGGGACAAAACUUUAGCUGGUUUAAAUUGGCUUUUUUUUUUCUGGGAAAUAAAUAAUGCACACUGUGACUUGAAAGUAAGGGAAAUAAAAACAUGUUAUCUGAUUCUGUCAUCCCUACUCACCUUGAGCAGUAUCUUAAUCCAAAAGCAUUUGGAUUAAGGCAAAGUGUAAGUAUACAAGUGGAAGAAUUCGACCCAUUAGGUGAAAUCUUGGCCUGGUUGAAGUAAAUGGCAAAACUCCUGUUGCGAUCAGUAAGGUCAAGAUUUUACCCAUUGAUUGCACUGAGUUGCACUUUGCUGGAGCUGACAGCUUCAAGGGAUUUGUCAAAACUGAAAAGUAUUUUGUGAAGCAUUUUCUAUGGCUAAAAUGUGAACUUGCUGCUGGUUAAGGAUGCAUCUCAUGAUUUCAGUUGUGUGUGUUUUGCAGUACAUCUGGCCAUCUUUGGCAUCAAUGAAAUCUUCCUUUUUGUUUUCAGUUCUGUACCUGAAAACUACUUUUCUCAUUUGCACAGACACUGGUUGUAGGUACUGCUCUUUUAUGUUACUUACUUUUCGAUGCCUUAAAUUUUACCUGUGUGCAUUGGAGUGAAUAUUGCAGAUCAUUUGAGAGCAUUUUUCAAAUAAUAUACUGCAGUACUUUGCUUUAAAUUGUAACUGCAACUGGCCAUGUGCCAAAUGGUCAAAACAUUUGUGUUUGGAGAUAAAUAAUAAAAUGAUUAUCUUUUUUAUUUUUAAAGAUAUUUCCCUGGGGCUAUGUCCAAAGCAUAAUUGCUUUCUGAAAAUGGUAUCAUGGGAUUCCAUAUUUAGUGUAUUUCAGUUUCUCCCGUGUUAAAUUUGCUCAGUUUAAAAGGAAAGGUUAGACCCUGCUCCUGAUUUAACUCAAUGGAAGUUUUGCCACUGGCAGUGGGAAAUAGAUUGGUGCCCCAAAAUAAUGGAUUUUUCUAACUGCUGGCCCUGCAUACUCACUCAUUUUGGAUGUUAAAGUCAAGGGGCCAAUUCACAUUGCCCUGCAUCUUGAGAAAUCAUUUACACAAGUGCCCAAAGACUUUCCUUCUUGUGCAGCAUCACUGGAUCUCUGACCCACGAAAAGAAUAUUUCAGGUGCAUAUAUGCUGUACUUAAGUCAGAAUUAGUGCACAAGGAGGAAAAACACAUUUUGACUUUCAGUUCGUAGGUCAAGUGUGCUGGGCUGGCAGUUUUAAACAAAAACAAAUAUCUUUUUUAUUGUAAACUGAACAAAUUUGGUAUUGAGUCCCUGAGACACCAUCAGUGUGGGCCUCAGGGUGCCAAUUUUAGAGAGUCAGUCUCUAAGUACAACCACACUGUAAUUUAUAUGAUGGCUGUAUAAGCAAGGGAUUAGGAGUAGUGAUGUGAUUUUUCUCUGUAUAAAGCCUCAAUGAGACCAUUGCUACAAUAUGUCAGACAGGUUUUGAUGACCACAUUUUAAAAAGAUGUUGAAAAAUGGGGAAGGGCUCAGAAAAGAGUUACAAAAAUGAUUCAGGGAAUGGAGAAAAUGCCUGAGAGUGAGGGACUUAAAGGGCUUAGUCUGUUUAAUUUAGCAAAAAGAAGAUUGAGAGGUGAUUUAAUUGCAGCAUAUGAGUACCAUCAGGAGGAGAAAAUACUGGAUAUUAAAAAGGCUCUUUAAUCUAGCAGAGAAAGGAAAACAGGAACCAACAGCAGGAAACUGAAGCCAGACAAAUUCAAAUUGGAAAUAAGGCACCAUUUUUUAACAUGGGAGUGUGGGUUCUCCAUCUCUUGAUAUCUUGAAAUCAGGGCUGGAUGCCUUUCUAAAAGAUAUGUUUUAGCCAAAUACAAGUUAUUAGGCUCUGUAGCAAAGCGAGACACACUGGUGUGGCACCACCUGCUGGUCGUCUUGGGAAUUAGCUCGAUUCCAGCCCAGAGCGCCCUCUGCAGGCUGGUGGCUCACCUGCCUCAGGCCCCAUGUCCCUCCUGGACCCCAGUGCCCCUUUACCUCCAGGUUCUGCCCCGGGAGUACCCCCUCCCAGGGAAACCCCCCACCCUCUAAACCCACCUUGCCUCAGUGGCUACUGCCAGUCAUCAUCUAGUCCCCGCUCACUGGGGCAAACUGCAGUCUGUCAUGGCCACUCAUCAUUGGCAAGGAGGUUGGACCAGCUGCCUCUGACUAUCCCUGGGCUGCACCUCUGCAACCCCAGUACCUGCUUUGGCUUUUAGCAAGGCCCGCAGCCUGGGGAUUUGCCAGGCUGGAGCUCCCCAGCUCCUCUUGCCUUUCCCCAGUACUGCCCUGCUUCAGGUACCGUCCUCUCAGGCAGCUAGCCCUUCCCACUCCAGGUCUAGAGUGAGACCCCCCCCCAAUUCCUGGCCCCCGGCCCUCUUAUAAGCUGGCCACACUUGUUGUCAGCUACUCCCUCAGCUUCCCCCAGCUGUUCUCACUCCAUUUCCCAGCUGCAGCCCUCUCCAGGGCUGCUUUUAACCGCCGUUCUGCGAGAGUGGGGAGAUGACCCACUACAGGGUCAAUACAGGGGUGUAAAAUUUAAUCGCCUAUGAUAUACAGGAAGUCAGGAUGGAUGAUCUAAUGACCCCUGCUGUCCUUAAGCUGUAUGAAACUAUGAAAUAUUCUUUGUAGAUAUUAUUUAUGACCCCCCUGUCAUUAACUCUUGAGUUACCGGAUGAACAUAUUAGCCAUAGCCUGUCUGUAUUUAUUUUGCUAAUGGCCUGUUGUAGUGCAUUUAUGAUAUAAAAAAUUCCCAGCCACUUGAUAAGAUGCACUCAGUUCAGUUACCCUCCUGCAGUACUUAGGGCCUAACUUUCAGAGCUGAGCAACUGGAGCUCCCAUUGAUCUCACCCAGAGUGAAACGCAUCUGAAAGGCAGGUCCAUAGCAUUUAUUUGCUGAUGUGCCAAUAAGUAGUGAAUCCAGUUUUAAUCACUUUUUAGUAUUGGAAACAAAAUGGCAGUGUAGAUGAGUAGCUGAUCUAAACCAUUUCAGUUUGAAGACCCUACUACACUAGGGGACAUUGUGCUCUGUCGAAGUUUGACUGUAGCUGUCUAAACACCCAAAGGUAUAUAUUACUCUUAGCUAAUAUUUAUUAAAUUGGCUCAUGGGGAGAACAGUUUGGAAAAUCAAAAGCUUGUUCUGUUAGCAACAAAAGAUUUUGCUCCAUUUUAUAAUAUUUUUUUAAGAGUACACUAUAGUUUGCUUUGGCUGUCAGGCAGUUGUCUGCCUACAUCUUUAAAUUGGAUUAUUCAUUCAUAAAGAACAAAGUGGAAUGGUUAAAGGAAUUCUUACUCUUUCCGUGAAAGAAAAAUGGUGCCUGCUUUCAGUGUAAUGGUGGUUUCUGUUACAGAAAGAAUACUUUUUGCUAACAUAGUGCAAAUGCAAACACCCAAACCACAAUGUGCUCUAUUUCUACAAUAGACAUAUUAUAAACUAGACUAUGGGGUGGUGACUAUUGUUUAUUUUCAUGAAUCUGAUGACUGUCCCACUCAACACGGGUGGUUGUAGGAGGGGGAGGAUAAUAUAUGCAUCUUAUCAGUUAUAUCAAAGCUAAAAUUUAUUGACAGCUUUUGGGGUUGGGGGAAUGUUUUAUUUUAUAUUUUGGUUUGGCUCAUCAUUUCUAUUUCUAUUUAUAUACAGGAUUUGCUCUGUCUAAUGCACUGAUGGAAAUCAUUGUAACACCUCAUUUUGAUGUGCUGAAUGCAAAGACGUUAAAGAUAUAUUGUAAUAAAUGCAAACAGCUGAAAAGUAA